AUGCCAGCUCUCGAUAUAGAGAACCCAGGCGUCGAAGCCGUGGGCGCAUUCGGACGGCUUCUCACAGAGCUUCUGGACGAAGCCUCAGCGGCAAAGCAAACGACAACCAUCGAGCCUGCUCUCGCGAAAUCCGACUUUGCCAACAUCCACGACCGAGUUUCUUCUUCGCUCACCCGCCCCAAGAGCGCGGGCAGCACAGAGAACAAUGCGCCUCCAGAUACCCUCAGAUCACGGCAGUUUGCCCUUGUAGAAACAGCGGCUCGCGAUUUCUUCAGCAAGUUAAUCGCGACAACUUCAAUUGAUAGCCCAGAAUUUGUGAAGAUGUGGAACCUGCUGGAUAUUCUUUCAAUACUCUCCGAUGAUGGCCAAUGCGACCCCGCGCUGCUGUUUUGGCUUGUGGAAGAGCUCCUCGACAGCCAGACGAUUGCGGGAUGUCGCAAGAUAUUCGACUAUCUUGAGUCAAGACGAGAGCGCAUCACGGCCAAACACUUCAAGCAGAAGAAUCUUGUGAUUCUCCGAAGCUGCAAUGAGUUGCUGCGGAGACUCUCACGCGCUGAGGAUACGGCUUUCUGUGGAAGAGUAUUCAUCUUUAUGUUUCAGAGUUUCCCUCUGGGAGACAGGAGCUCUGUCAACCUUCGAGGAGAAUACCACGUUGAGAACGUGACAGUGUUUGAAACAACAGAAGAUGACGACAGUAAAAUGGAAGUCGACACCAAUGAUACUCCAAAGGAGCAAGGCGAUGUCAAGACCGGCGCAAAGAAUGGCGCGCAGGAUUCAAGCAAAGCCCUCGAUCCUGACACACUUUAUCCUUUGUUUUGGUCUUUACAAGAGAGCUUCAGCCAACCCUUGAGACUAUUUGAUGCUGGUCACUUUACGAAAUUCAAGAGCAGCUUGGAAUCCACGAUAAGCGCGUUCCAGGCUAUCCACGAAGACAGCAUAUACUCCUCAAAGUCGAUGGAGAACCUUAAGCGGACGUUGAAGCGGAAGAGAGACGACGACGGAACCGAGACGCUCCCGGAGGCGUUCAAUCCCAAGUAUCUUACCAGCAAGGACUUGUUCCAGCUUGAGAUCAGCGACCUCUCCUUUCGACGACACGUUCUCGUGCAGGCUCUCAUCAUCACAGACUUUCUCUUAUCCCUAUCAAAAGAAGAAAGGGAGAAGCGAACCAACAUCAAUGUAUCCAACAAGUCGGUCAUUUAUCCAGACCAACUCAACGAGGAGAAUACAAAGUGGGCUACCGACAUGAAAAAGGUAAUAUCAGAUUAUCUCAAGCAAGGAAGUGAUGGGCCAUACUUUUUUCGCAUGGUAGAAACAGUGCUGGCUAGGGACAAGAACUGGGUCUUUUGGAAGAUGGCCAGUUGUCCGCCCAUCCAGCGCGACCCGGUGUCAGCUGCGAGCUUCGUCGAGUCAAAGGAUGCUGCGCAGAAGAUGGCGACGAAUAAGCGUCUGAGACCAAACCCGUUGAAUGCCGUGCCGCUCGACUUUUUGGCAAACGAAGACGAAGGCUCGGCAAUGGAGGAAUUAAAGUCUGCGGAACGCUAUCAGUUGCCUGAACUUGAUGGAUUCAAGAGCAAAAUUGCGGAUGACGACUUUGAGAUUGACAUGCCGACGAAUAACGAGACCAAGGCCGCGGCUGUUGCGGGCAAGGCGAGCAAGAGCUGGAGAGCCCUUCGGAUAGCGUCGCGGUUCAAGCUGGCGUCUUUUGACAAAAUCGACGACCCCAAGAAGAUUAACAUCAUUUUCGAAGACGACGUUGAAGGGGACGAGGAUGAGGAAGAUGCUGAGCCGACGGCCAGCGAGGAAGACAUGCCUAGCAAUCGCGAUCCGAUCAUCCUAUCUGCAUCCUCUGGCGUUGCAACAUCAGCCCUGAGGGAGAAGCUCAUGAGCGAGCACAAGGGCGUCUUUGCUCCUGUCGUGCGACAUGCUGUCCGUGAGCCCGCAGAGGACGAAGUCAAUGGCAAGACGUUUCACUUCGUCAAGGCCCAAGAGUUCAAUCAGCUGCGAGACGGCGAUCGGCUCAUCGAGUAUGGCACUCGUGACGGUGUAGACUAUGGCACGAGCACAAAGGCCGUUGAUGCUGUCGUCGACACGGGCAAAGUUCCCAUCGUUGAGCUUGAUCUCGAGGCCGCGCAAUUCGCCAAAGACAUGGACUUUUCAGCACGAUAUAUCUUCAUCAAAUCUUCCUCCUCAGACGUUGAUGAAGAAAAAACCAAGGACCUCUUCGACACUAUCAUUGUAGAUGACGGCGACGUCGAAAAGACUGCAGCUAGCAUUGGAGAAUUCAUUUUCAAGGGAGAAGCCGAUGCAGAGACCAACGGCGAUGCGAACAUGGCCGAUGCCCCGUCUGCAAAUGGCGAAGAAGAGGCGUGA